AUGGCGACCGACCAUACAGGCCGUGUCCUUUCCCCGGGCGAGGUCAUCGAAUCCCCGCCUGAGUCUGCAGCCCAGGAGGAAGAAUGGCAGGAGAACUUGAACCGGCACUUGAUCUGCCCGGAGUGCAAGGAAUUCCCUCCCAACCACGUUGAUGAGCCUGCGUCCGGCGACGUGGUCUGCGGGUCUUGCGGUCUAGUCCUCAUGUCGCACGUCGUCGACAUGCGUUCCGAGUGGCGUACGUUCGCGAACGAUGACCAGGGCAACGACGAUCCCUCUCGUGUCGGAGAGGCGGCGAACCCGCUGCUCAACGGCUCUCAGCUGCAGACGAGCAUUGCAUUCGGCGAUGGCGGCUCUCGCAGCCGCGAUCUGCAUCGAGCCCAGAACAAAGUGAUUCACGACAAGGGCAACAAGAGCCUCCAAGCCGCCUACAAAUCGAUCAGCUCGCUGUGCGACAACGCGGAUUUACCGAGCACCGUUGCCGACAUGGCCAUGCAUCUGUUCAAGCAGAGCCAGGACGCCAAGAUCCUCAAGGGCAAGUCGCAAGACGCCAUCAUCGCCAGCUGUAUCUUCAUCGCGGCGCGGAAGAUGAGCGUCGGGCGAACCUUCAAAGACAUCUAUGCCGUCACGAAGGUGUCCAAGAAGGAAAUCGGCCGUACCUUCAAGAUCCUCGAGCGGUUUUUCGCGACGCAGACCACGAAGCAAAAGCGGACGGUUCAAGGAGGCGCUGUCAUGCCCAACGAAGAGUAUACGCGUACCACGACCACGACGCCGGCCGAGGUCGCCGCCCGUGUCUGCAAUCAGCUCAGUCUAGACAAGAACACUUCGAUGAUUGUCCAGAAGUUCUGCGAGAAGGUCCGCGAGACCGGCGUACUCGAUGGCCGUUCGCCUCUCUCCACCGGCAGCGCUUGCGUGUACUUCGUGUCGCACUUGAUGGGUCAGGGGAAGUCCGCCAAGGAAAUCCAAAUGACGAAUCAAGUCAGCGACGGCACGAUCCGUACCGCGUACAAGCAUCUGUGGGAAAAGCGCAAUGAUCUCGUCGAACCUGAGUGGCUCGAACGUGGCGGCGACAUGUCGAGACUGCCUAGUGCCGGCAAUUAA